UAUCGUCCAUCUUGAGAAGCUUAGAUUUCAACAUUGUCUGGUCAGCGAACAAACAUGUUGCUGCGGGGGCCCUUAGUUGUCUUAUUCUUAUUCCACAUAGAAGGCCUGCGGUUCGCAGCAGUGGACAACACACUCAGCAGUGUUCCUUAUCAUGAAGAGAAGGCUGUACCGUAUUUUGAAACAACUUUAGACCAAGAUGAUAAAUUGCAUCUUUACUGGACAGUAGACUACGAAGAAGAAACCGUUACUUUUGAACUGAGAGUUCGUGCAUCUGAUCAUGAUUGGGUUGGGGUUGGUUUCUCUGAUAGAGGAAGCAUUACAAAUUCCGAUCUCUGCGUCUUAUGGACUGAUAAGAAACGAAAGAACCAAUUUCAGGAUAUUUACACGGACGAAAUUGGAUAUGUCACCGUGGAUGACCAUGAUGACUGUCAGCUACUAAGUCUCAAAAGGAGAGGGUACAUAACGAGAUACGCCUGGUCUAGAAAAUUCGAUACCUGUGACAACCAGGAUUAUUAUAUUGAGGAUGGGACAACGCACAUAGUGUAUGCAAUGGGUCAUGGGCCUCUCCGCAGAAUUGAUGGCAUGAAUUUAUUUAAAGAAAAACACGGUUUUCAAAGAGUGCAGCUAUUGAAGAAUAUUGCUCCUAAUCCAGUUUUUCCAGAUGACGCCCAAUCUUUAACGAUACAUAAUGACAAGGUUCCUGUUCCCAAUGUUGAAACUACUUACUGGUGCAGUUUACACCGGCUACCUCAAGUCUUCGAGAAUAAAAAUCACAUCAUUCAGUAUGCUGCUGCAAUUCAAGAAGAAAAUCAAGGCGUUGUUCAUCACAUGGAAGUUUUCCACUGCGAAGUCGAUGCUAACAAGAAGCUACCUCCCUGGAAUGGGCCUUGUACAAGCCCAGCUAAGCCUCGAGUACUCGAAGCCUGUAAAAGAGUGUUAGCAGCCUGGGCUAUGGGAGCAUUGCCUUUCACUUAUCCAGAAGAAGCAGGAUUACCAAUCGGAGGACCUGGAUUCUCACGCUACGUGAUGCUAGAAGUGCAUUACAACAAUCCAGAACUUAAAGAAGGCCUCGUUGAUAGCUCAGGUGUUACGCUGUCUUAUACUCCUUCCUUGCGGGAAUACGACGCGGGGGUAAUGGAACUUGGAUUAGAAUAUACUGACAAAAUGGCCAUUCCUCCACAUCAACCGGACUUCGCAUUAACCGGAUAUUGCGUGGCGGAAUGCACUCGCGCUGGUUUACCCCCUGACGGCAUCGUUAUAUUUGGUUCUCAACUUCAUACGCAUUUAACUGGUACAGUAGUCUACACCAAACACAUUCGAGGAUCAGCUGAAUUACCAGAACUGAACAGAGAUAACCAUUAUAGCACGCAUUUCCAAGAGAUUCGUCGUUUGAAGCGCAAAGUCCGUAUUUUACCAGGUGAUGGUUUGCUAACAACUUGCCAUUACUCAACUAAUGACCGUGAGAACAUCACUUUGGGAGGAUUUGCAAUAAGCGACGAGAUGUGCGUUAAUUAUGUACAUUAUUAUCCGAAGACGAAUCUGGAAGUGUGCAAGAGCAGUAUCGACACUAAGGUCCUUAAAAGCUACUUUAGAUACAUGAACACGUAUAAUGAUGAAGAUACCUCAGAUGAAAAAACUGUUGCGGAUAAUUAUCAUUCAAUUCACUGGAGCCAAAACAAUGCCGAUUUCUUGAGUCAUUUAUAUUCUGAUGCGCCUCUCUCGAUGCAAUGUAAUCAGUCAUCUGGAGAUAGAUUUCCAGGCUACUGGAAUGGGAUACCAAGAACAGAUGUCCUGUAUCCUCUUUCUGAACCAAAAAGGAAAUGUGCCAGUAACAUGAGAUUAAACAAGAUUUAUGAUGAAGAUCUUUGAAUGUGAUCUGUGCAUAGAUAUGUGAUUUAUGUGUAUUUGUGUAACGUUGAAUAAUGAUGUGAACUAAAAAGGGUUGAACGAAAAUUAUUAAUAAUAUGAUAUCUUUGAAUCAAUGAUUAUGUUACAUGUAAGUAAAAUCUCCCUAAAACUGCUA